AGCAAAUUAUCAACAAUAUUGCUUGUAGUUGGUUUCAAUUGUAUUUUUACGGAUUGUAUCCAAAAUAGAAAAUAAAUUCGAUUCGUUUCAAUGAGCUAAAAAAAGUUCAGAAUGUCGAUUACCAAUUCGUGUCGGUUGUGUUUGAGCAUAAACAAUGGCAAUCACCUGGAUUUAUUCAGUGUCAAUGGAAUGGAAAUGAAAAUGUGCGAUAUUAUUGCCGAACAUUUCAAAUGCGAGGUCAACGUGUUAGAUUCGCUACCGAAUUUUGUGUGUCAAUCGUGUUGGCAGAUAACGGAAACAUUUCAUGAAUUGUAUCAAAGGUCAAAAAAAGCACAAGAAAAUCUAUUCAAUCGACCGAUUAAACUCGAACCCGAUAUCCAUGAGCCAUGUUCAGGUCAUAAAGACGAUGAUUAUAUGGAAGAACAACUGGCAUUUUGGCCUGUAAAAGUCGAGGCGAAUUCGGAAAUAGAACACAAUGCAAAUGAUUUGACGACAAACCCGAAUGAUGAAUCCGAUUCAAAUGGCAAUGAUCCAAUUUUUGAUGAAAAUACUAAUGAUGAGAAUAGCAGUGAGAAGAUUAGUAGCGAAGAUAGUGAAGUCGAGGCAUCUGGUUUUGAAGAUAUCAAACAUCAAACGAAGAAAAAACCAACUGAUACUACCGAUAAGCCAAAGCGAAAAAGAGCUCGAAAGAAGGAAGUCCAAGCCAAGUUUGAGAAAUUGUUUGCCGAACAUAAGCAAUUGUUGGAUAUGUCAUGCGAUUUAUGUCCAACUAUAUUUGAAACACUUUUCGAAGCUCAAGAACAUUAUGCAAAAGAGCAUAAGAAUUCACGCGGAUAUAUAAAAUGUUGUGGCCAACGGCUUAUCUAUCAAUGUCAUGUGGUGAAACAUUUAGAACGUCACGUUGAACCUGAGAAGUAUAAAUGUUCACAAUGCGGCAAAGUAAUUUUAUCUGAAACUCAAUUCGCAAAACAUAUGAGAAAUCACACGAUGCCCAAUGAGAAAACAAUAUCGUGUAGCAUUUGUAAGAAAUUGUUCACCUCAGAGGUUGGCCUAAAACAUCAUAUGAAAGGACACACAGAACGAAAUGAAGCUGAAGACAGCCAAAUGGUGAAAUUCAUAGCGGAAAAUUUCGACAUGAAAUGUGAUCAUUGCGAGACAGUAUUUAAUGGAUUUUAUGAUGCACGUCGUCAUUACAAGGAAUUACAUAACGACGACAAAGGCUAUAUUAAAUGCUGUAAUAUAAAAUUAAGGGAAUUAUGCCGGGUUCGGGAGCACGUGCUAUCACACUUGGAUCCGGACUGUCUGAAAUGUGAUACAUGUGGUAAAACAUUUCAAACUGGAGUACGGUUGACCCGACACAAGCGCCGUCAUAGGAUGUCUAUAGAAAAAAGGUACAUAUGUCAUUUCUGUGGAAAAAGUUGUAUCGAUAAACAUGCGAUUACACGACAUUUAUUUUCGAAUCAUGUUACUUCAGAGCCAGAAUAUGAGUGCGAUGUUUGUCCCAAAAAAUAUCAUCUGGCCUCAAUGUUGAAAUAUCAUAAAUAUUCGGUGCACCGAGAGAGAAAACCGAAUUUUUGUUGUGAAAUUUGCGGAAAAGACUUUUAUGUGAAAUUCCAUUUAGAUAAACAUAUGCUACAUAAACAUACAGAUAAAUCAGAACGACUAAUUGAACGAAAACAAUGUGAAUAUUGUGGUGAUUGGCUUCUGAGCAAAAGUAACGUCUUUUAUCAUCAUCAAAAACACACGACUGGUAUCCAAAAAUGUAAUCACUGUCAAAUGGAAUUUCCAAAUCGAAUUGUUCUACUCGGUCAUAUUCGACAACAUCAUCGUGAACACAAAUUUAAAUGUAGCUAUUGCGGAAAAUCGUUUGCAAAUGCUUCAAAAAUGAAGACACACGAAGAGUCUCAUACACGGCAUAAAAUUUAUCAAUGCAAAUUUUGUCCGAAAACGUUUCAGAUUCAAAGUUCCAGACAAACGCACACACGAAGAAAUCACCCAGAAGCAAUAAAACAAAAAGUAUUGAAAUAAAACAAUGGAUUUUCUUUUCAAUUGAUUAUAUAUGUUAAGUUAGUAAAUGUUCUUGUAUCGUUUCUGUAAAAUUGAACGAAAAAUAAACGAAAAAAACACAUCUGACAA